UAUGCUGGCUUCGCUGCAAAUGACCGUAUCUAAUAUUAAUACCUUUAAAACUCAUACACUUAAUAUUUGAGGUGUGAAUUGAGGCAUUACUUUUCCAGGAAAAAUAAAUGGAAGAACAAUAAUUUUAGAAAUGAAUAAUAUUUAAAUUUCUGAAUAUAGUAAUUUUUUUAAAUGUCCCACUGCGCUUUUUUUAACAAUAUUUAAUUAAAUUAAUUUAACUAUGAUUGGUAAAUCGUUCUUUCGAUUGCAUUGUAAAAGAUGUAACUUUAUCGCUAUUCAUAUUCGAAUGCGUCACAAAUUAAAUAAACUGAGUGAAAAACAGCCGAAAUUGGCCGAAGAUGUUCUCAAGUUUUUAAAUAGUUCACCAGAAUACAAUGGUUUGAAAGAACAACUUCCUACGUCAUUACUUAGAAAAUAUAAAGCACCUGAAAGUAUGUAUUUGAUAAAUAGAAAAACAGCAAGUAUAAUUGCAAAUACUGUAAAAAGCUAUUUUACCCAAGGUUCACCAUUGAUUGAGGUUAACCCUGGCUUGGGUAUUCUUACUGAAAAUAUUCUAAAAUGUCAAAAUAACAAGAUAUACUUAUUUGAACAGUCUAAUCAUUUUUCUCCAUACUUGGAUGACUUACAACAAAAAUACCCAGGCAGGAUCUCAUUCAAAAUAGCAGAUUUUUUUGGAAUGUGGAAAUUAGCAUUCAAAGAUAAAAUGGAUGAUGGAAACAGAAUUCAGGAAUUGCUAGGAGAUUUAUCUACUACUGACAAAAAUAGGACUGUCAAGAUACUGGGAUCAAUGCCAGGACUAUCUUUCAUGAAACAUUUGAUUUACAAUGUAUUAUUCCAUAACACUACAAAUCAGCUCGGUAGACCUGAUCUGUUUAUAACAAUGCCUGUACAUCAUUAUGAGUUUCUUACAGAUAAGGAGGUUCAGCAAUCAAAACAGAAAUCUGUGCCAACCUUAUUCCAGCUUUUGUUUGAUUGCAAAACAUUAACAACGGUUACAAAAGCCCAUUUUCUGCCAUGGACAUUGAGUAAUAGCAAACACCAUUCUGUGCUGAAUGAACACAACCUGUAUUUGGUAAAUAUAACACAAAAGGAAAAACUACCAUGUCCAGCAGAAUAUUUGCCAUUGUUAUGGUAUUUUUUCAAACCACAAAUGUUCUCGAAAUCGACGAGAGUUAUUCCGAUGUUGGAGCAAUGGAUACCAGGGUGCGGAGUGUGGCUUAUAACUGGACAGGAUCCACCGGACAGCAAUAAAUUAUUAUCCCCAGGAAAAGAUGACGCGUCACUGCCACAUAUGACCAUAUUUACAGAGUUUGGUGAUCUUAAUUUACAACAAAAAAUUACUGUUUUCAAAAGAUUUAUAUCUUGGCCGGAGUUUGAACAAUGUCAGUUUAGAAUAACUAUGGAGAAUAAUCUGCCGAAAUCUGUAACUCAGUUUGAAGAUGAUGAUAAAGAUUCAAUCCCAACGAUUACACACAUAGACCACAUGGACCAUUCGGACACGGAAGUGGAUUCGCAAGAGUUUGAUAAAUAAAACAGUUUUUUCUAUAG